UCUGGUAAAACUGAACAUCUGAGGGAAUUUCCACUGGGGAAGGAACUGCAAUCUCUUAAUUCUCGGUGUCACCUGGAGGAUUCAGUUUUGCGUAGAUUCGACUGGAUUAAACAUCUCGGUCCACUGUGACCAGCGAUGGUUUCGUGGAGCUGAAACCAGUCUGUGAGAGUGAGUCUGCGGAUUCUGCGUGUAGAGGAAAUAAUGACGGACAUGCGUGAACUAAAGUGAAGCGGAACGAGCCCCAACUGUCACACUUCAAACUGACUUCCACCUGAGCGAGCUGACAAGUGUAACUGGAGCGCUUUGUGUGUUCUCUGCAGACACGAUGGCUGCUGACGACCACUAUCUUCAUGCUACCAGCCAGAUUUUCGACACCAUGUUGAACGACCCAUCCUGGGAGCUCCCGCACUUUGCAGCAAUGCCUCAUACCCCAUCCCUGCAGUCAGUGGACGCACCGUACUUGCAGAUCUUGGAGCAGCCAAAGCAGCGCGGCUUCAGGUUCAGGUACGGCUGUGAAGGUCCGUCUCACGGCGGUCUACCAGGAGCCUCUAGUGAGAAGAACAGGAAGACAUACCCGAGCGUGAAGAUCUGUCACUACCAGGGUCAAGCCCGGGUCGUGGUCCAGUUGGUGACGGCGCAGACCCAGCUGCCUCAGCUCCACGCACACAGUCUGGUGGGGAAGCAAUGCGAUAAAGGCAUCUGCAUCGCCGACCUGCAGUCCAAAGACUCCAUCAUCAGUUUUCCCAACCUGGGGAUUCUCCACGUGACCAAGAAGAACGUGGCGAAGACUCUGGAGGAGCGGAUGAUCGAAGCCUUCAGGAUGGGUUACAACUGCGGGGUCUCCAUCCACCCGGAGAUUGACGCCCAGCAGGGAGAGGUCAGAGUCCCACGGGACCUUACAGAGCACCAGCGUAGCGUAAUCAGCAGCGCAGCAGCCAACCAGGCCAAGGAGAUGGACCUCAGCGUGGUCCGCCUCAUGUUCACCGCGUUCCUCCCUGACAGCGACGGCGGUUUCUCUAGACGACUGGAGCCGGUGGUGUCCGAGCCCAUCUAUGACAGCAAGGCUCCCAACGCCUCAAACCUGAAGAUUGUAAGGAUGGACCGGACCGCUGGCUGUGUGACAGGAGGAGAGGAGGUCUACCUGCUCUGUGACAAAGUCCAAAAAGAUGAUAUCCAGGUACGGUUCUAUGAGGAAGAUGAGUCGGGGCUGAUCUGGGAGGCUCUGGGAGAUUUCUCCCCCACUGAUGUCCACAGACAGUUUGCGAUCGUCUUCAAGACCCCAAAGUAUCGAGACCAGAACCUCCAGAAGCCGACAUCUGUGUUUGUCCAGUUAAAGAGGAAGUCUGACAACGAGACCAGCGAGCCCAAACCCUUCACCUACCAUCCUCAGAUUAUAGAUAAAGAGGAGGUGCAGAGGAAGAGACAGAAGACGUUGCCCAACUUUCAGGACUUCAGUGGACAUGGAGGAGGAGGAGGACUGUACCGAGGAGGUCCUGCGACAGGAGGAGGACCAGGCUCGGCAGGAGGAGGAGGAUACUAUCAGGGUUACACCUCCUACAACUAUGGAGGAGGGGGAGGAGGUGGAGGAUUCUCCACAGCUUACUCAACUGGACUUGGAGGAGGAGGCGGCAUGAAGCACGCUUUGCAGGGUGGCGGUGUGGACGACAGCGAUGACGACAGCGACCCAGACGAUGACCCGACAGCCGGGGCUGUGCUGCUCGGCCCUGUCCAGUCAGAGGGCCCCGAGGACGGGGAUAGGAGUAAGGAUGGAGCGGUCAGCUUGAAGCCUGGAGCAGAAGAUCUACUGAUGGAGGCGACCCACAGGCAGCUCGACGCUCUCUUCCGGUACUCUGUCACAGGCGAUUCAGCAUACCUGCUGGCUCCACAGCGCCCCCUGAUGACGGCACAGGAUGAGGAUGGCGACACGGGGCUGCAUCUAGCAGUUCUCCACAGCCAGCAGGAGGCGCUGAUGAGCCUGACGCAGGUAGUGUCCGCUCUCACUGGAGAGGAGGUGCUCAACAUGAGGAACCACCUGCACCAGACUCCCCUGCACCUGGCAGUUAUCACCCAGCAGAAGAAGGCGGCAGAAGCGCUGCUGCUGGCUGGCGCUGACCCGACUUUGACGGAUCGUCAUGGCAACACAGUUCUUCACCUGGCAGCGCAGCAGGAAGGAUGUGGGAUGGUGGAGCUUUUACUGCAACACAAAGAGCUAAGAAAGCUGAUGGAGUCCAGCAACACAGCAGGUCUGUGUGCCAUACACCUGGCAGUUCUGGCAAAUCGGCUGCAGGCUCUCAGAGAGCUGCUAGUAGGCGGAGCCAAUGUCAACGCCCAGGAGCGUAGUUAUGGGCGGACCGCCCUCCACCUCGCCACAGAGACUGACAAUGUGUCGCUGGCCGGAUGCCUGCUGCUGGAGGGAAACGCCAAGGUGGACUGCUGUACCUUCAACGGCUCCACCCCUCUCCACAUUGCUGCAGGGCGCGGCUCCGUCAAGCUGACAGCUCUCCUCAUGGCUGCAGGUGCUGACCCUCAGAGGGAGAACUUUGAGCCACUCUUCUUCUCCGAGGAGGAGGAGGAAUGUGAAGAAGACAGGGAGGAUGACGAUGAUGAAGGCUACGUACCCGGAACAACUCCAGUCAACAUGGCCACCUCGUCUGAGGUGCUGGACCUUCUCAACGGUAAAGAGUACGAAUCAAAGAGCCAGCGAGCCUUUGUCCCUCCCCAGGGUGAUCUGUCCAGCCUGGACGUGGAGGUGAAGCGUGCCGUCUGCGGAGCCCUGGAAACUGAAGGAUGCUGGGAGAACCUGGCUCACAGCCUUGGCCUCGGCAUCCUGAAUACCGCCUUCAGGAUGAGUCCUUUUCCGGCCAAAACCCUGCUGGACAGCUACGAGGUUUCAGGGGGAACCAUCUCUGAUCUGCUGGCUGCUCUCAGGUCCGCGGGGGAGUGCAGGGCACUCCGCAUCCUGGAGGAGGCGCUUUGUCAGAACCAGGAGCAUGGCGAUGAUCUGGCAGCUGAAGCUCUGUGCCCUCAGGUUCAGAACCUGAAGCUGGAAGCUCGGAUUGACAGCGGGGUCUGUGACAGCGGGGUGGAGCUCUCCACAGCGUAGCCGUGUGAUUGGUCCAGAUUUCACCUCCUCAUCAUGACUCAUCAAGGCUUAAAGUUUCUUAAUAUUUGAGCAGAACUGUUGAUCCGAUUGGACCGCCAACCUCUGAUUUUUUACUGACAGGAAGAGAACCGGUGCUGCAGCUUCACUUCCAGUUUCUAAACAGCUCCCUGAAGCUCAAACAUGAAGAGCAAGAUGCACUAGUUCCUGAUGAAGCUGAGGCAUAAUGGUGCUAGAGGUUCUGAUCCGAUACAAACAGGUCUGAAUAUUGGACAUCUGUGGGCCCGGGAGUGGUUCUGCUCUGGAUGAACAAAAUAUCAGUAGGAGAAAAAUCACAACCUGUUCAGGACCUACUCAGACCCAAAUAUCAGAACUUUAACUGCUAAUGGUUCACGGCAGAUGAUUGGGUCAGAACCAUGCGAUCAGCAGGAAGCAGCAGAACCUGUGGAAAACAUCUGGACUCUCAGCCUCCAGGGAAGUCGAUUCAUUCAGAUUAGGUCAUAGUUGUCAGCAGAACAUUUUGGACUCAGUUUUUCAAGCAGCCGCUGAUGAACCCGGCAAGAGUGGAUCUUAGCCGAACCGGGCUGGAACCAGCACCAGGCAUUAGGUGGACUAAAGGCUGGACUGGUUACCGGUCCAUCACAGGACAAUUCAAACAUUUAUGUUGGACGUGGAAGCAGUUGUUAAAGGGCCUUGGUUCCUGACCCCAGAAUGUUCUGCUGUAACGAGCUGAAUGAUCUCCGCUGUGUUGCUGUAAUUCCAGAUGUUUACAGGAUUGGUACCCAGCAGCCUCCCUCCUUUUCCACCAGUACCUGAACCUUCUGCUCUCUGCAGGUUUAAAUUUCUCUCAUGAACUGAAAUUUAUGAGCUUGAUGAGAAGAUUGGUGCCUUCCAGGACAAACAAAGCCACAGAGGAUUAUGGGAACUGUAGUCCAGGCGCUGUUAGGCAACCAUGUUUCACAUAUUUAUGUCCUUCCUGCUCUGUACAGUUCAUCUUUAACUGGUUGUUCAUUUUUUUUAAUAA